CCGCUUACCCUAGUAGCAGUAAACAGCAAUAGCUGAGGAAGCUGCUUGACUCAUUCAUGGCAGAUAAGGAAAAAAACACAAGCACUUUUAACAAUCAGCACGCCUGUGACCCUUGUAGAUCCUUUGGCCAGAAGUGCAGUCAUCUUGUGAAGAAGCAACGUGCCAAAUUCUACAUCCUCCGCCGUUGCAUAGCAAUGCUCGUGUGCUGGCGGGAGCGCGGCGAGUCUUAAUUGAUACUUGAGGCAGCCAUUGAUCUUGCUAUAAAUAUAUAUAGGAGUGUGAUUAAUUUUGUUAUAUAUAUUUUGUAAGUUUUAGCUUAUA